GUUUUAAAAAUCGCCCGGUUUGCAGAACGUUUUCGAAAACUUUUGUUUUCAUGACGGAUUAGUGUGGAUGGCAGGCCUGACCGUUGAAAUAACGUAGUGUGGACGGGGACUAGAUGUCGCUCGUACUGAUUCGAAACUUUUGCGGGGUUGUCAAACUUUGUAGUGCUCGCAAAGUCCUUCCAUUCAAGAUAAAGGAGAAAAAUGCAAUAAAUGGAUUAAACAGUCGUUUAAUGAUCAUGAAUAUUAUCAGGGGUAAAAUAAUACAUUCCACUUAAGUCUGGGCUCCUGAUAUCAGAGGCCCAUGUAAUUAUUCAAUAAAUUGGAUGUGGGUUAAAUCCCGGGUAGGGGAAGGGGGGGUGGGGUGGCACGCCUCUUUGCGAUCACGAAACCACUGAUACGAUGAAAUAGUCUUCAAAUAAAUGAAAGAAAAGUAACGGCCUUGAUCAGAGAAAUACAGGCGAAAUAAGGAAUAAAACACAUGUAAAAAGAAUUAAAACGUUAAAAAAAUGAAAAGGGUUCUAACUUGGGUCAAAUUUGGACCGCGGAAAAUUUGGUUUAUAAUACUCCCAAAACUAUUUCAUUUGAGUGGUAUAUGUUUAAGACUGUGAAGGCACUUGACUAAGCAGCUUUGUCCCUCAACAAUAACCUCUUAAUGGAUAUUUUUGACUGAUAUAAGCCUAUUAGCUCAUUAAGCCGGCUAACUCAUAGAAGUUUUCUUACAAUAAGCCGCGAUUACCUCAAUUUAUAGCAUUUCUUGAUUUUCAGAAUUUCAGGAUCGAACGAGAUAAGAAACUCACUAAAACGUUAUUCGAACAGAAGGGGCUUUCAAGUUCUGUUAUCUCGUUCAUGUUUAUCAAUAUCGGAGAAAGAAUUCCGAACAGCGGAAAAUAUGUAUUUGUUCCCUUCUUUAUCCGCUCCGCUUUUCGUUAGUUUACACAGAAGGAUAAUAAAUGUAGUCUCGCUGAAUUUUUACACGACUCUUACCGUCUUGAGCGCGAUUUCUUUCUCCAAACCCUGGCUUUGAACAAACGCUUUCACGCGGUCAGGAAUUGAGAGGACAAGCCAAUCUACUUGAGUACAAAUAUCGCUGGGUGUUCAGUGUACUCGAUAUGCGCAUCAGGAGCCUUUACUGCGUAGUGACCUUCUGACUCCAAUUAUACUUACGUCAUUUCAGGCGGCGGACUUUACGAUGGCUGAAUAAAAUAACUGAUUUACUCAGCGCUAUGUCCAAAUCAGACAAGCGUACCAGGAAUUUUUGCCAUUUCAGAACUGUACGAGAUAAGAAACGAAGGUUAAAGAUAUGAAAGGUUGAACAGGAUAUCCCGGUAACUCUCUGGCCCACAACAGAUUCCAUGAAAACCGCAUUGUCUGCAUUGGUAGAUAGUCAAAAUACUCUUUUAAGCGAGCGCCAUUUUUGUCAUAAAAUGAUAACGAAACAUAACAUAUUGAACUAGUAGUAAUCAAAGAUUAUUGAAUUAUUGAGAGUUAAAUAGCAAUGUCUUUUUUUCUGGUAAAGAAAAAAAUCUGAAAGACGCGAGCAAACAUCUACAGUUUCUGUUUCUUCUUAUCACGAAACUGACUGGGAUCAAUGAAGGGAGGACUCAACCUUGAAGCCCCGGCGCUAAGUUGACUCGAAAGUGUAUUCUAAAAUUUAGUAGAAGAAUUGAAGCAAGCGUUGAACGUAAAAAAAAAUUAUUUACGACUUAAUUCACUGACUAGAAAGAGUAUUCUUGUUCCGCUUUCUGCUAACCAGCAGCGGUAACAGGUAUCCCUCCGGGAGUAACGGACAUGAAAACCGGAAAACCCGCGCUCAAAACUUCGGCUUUGGAACAAACGGAAAACCGCGAUAAAAUGAAUCGGGAAAACCACUCAAAAUCGGAAACCGCCAACGACAUAAUAUGAUUAAAACUGCAAAUUCACAAACUUGAAUCCGUCUCGCUUUACGUGUUCUUUUCCUUUAUCGCGUGACCACAACAUUGAUCACGCGAGAAAGAAACUUUUUAGCUUAUCAUUUUUUCUAAAAAAAAACUCGUUGAUUGCUAGAUUUUUCCCAAAAGUUGCGUAUAAACUAGGAAAAAAGAGAAAAACGAAAACCGCAACAGACAUGAAAACCGAAAACGGAAUAUUUUAAGCGUAACUGAAAAAAUCUAAAAAUGACCAAAACCUUACAACCGAUCCCCCGCCGUACCCGCCUCAUUACGGUGUUGGUAUUGCUGAGAAUCUAGCUAGUGAUAAAAAUCAGUACGAGAAUUUUUUCCCUGAACAGAUCAAAUAACUAUAACCCCAACAAAGUGCCACUGUAUAUACUGCCAGUGUACAAUAUACUGGGCUGUAAAUAGACAAGCCACCAAUUUUAAUAUGAUACCAAAUUUACAAGGUCAAAUAUUCUCCCUGCCUCGCUGAUUUUUAAACAAUUCUCAAUACAUAAGCCUGUAAAGCAGCUGUUCGGGGGAAAAUUUGUAAUAAAUUUGAAACGAAUUUGUUAUCGUUCCGUCAAACUGUCAACAGCUGUAAGCAAUCAUAUAACUAGCCAAAGAACUUCAUUAAUAUGCGAUUCGAUAAAAAAAAAAGAUGCGGAUCCUUGACAUGUAAAACGGAAACAACGUGUUCUAGCCUCAACUAAUCAACAUAGUUUACGAAUGCAACGCUGCAACGAUCAGUCAAAUAUUUCUGGAUUGUGCUGUGAUAUGAGUGUGGUGAAAUCGAAACUCGAUUUUCAACGAUCAUCGAGCUGAUCAGGCUGUCGUCACUUUAAAACUUCAUUAACAACACUGGUUCUAUAUCGAUUUAAUUCUAACCGAGUAGAAGUCUUUAUGUGGCUGUGUGCGAGACGGCGAAGGUCACCUCUAGUGUCGAAAUGUGGAAUUACGCUUGGCGUAAAGAUUUGUGUUGUUUUGAGUAUUUUUAUUAUGUAUCAUCUGCUACAUCAUGUUGAAGACAGCCAAACUUCAGCUGGUAUCAUACAAAAGAAGCUUCAAUCACUGCCAGCAUCGAACCUUCACAGUACCGCCAUCGAAAAAGCCUCGCAGUUUUUUGGUCGAGUGAAGAACCGGUCUUCAACGAGCGCACCUAACAAUAUUUAUCUGAGUAAUCGGCCGAUAAUCAAUUAUUCCGCCGAUGGAGCAAAACAUAACCUGAAGUUUCUCUUUGUCUUACACCAUUACGAACAACUUACGAAGACCACAGAAAAUUUGUUCCAGUUAGCUGCGGUUGCGAAACAAAUUGGCCGUGUGAUUGUGGAACCUUUAGUUCGAGAUUCUAGAAUGUGUGGUUUGCCUUACGGUUGGUCAGGACAACCACGGACUGAGAGCCGAAGAUUUUAUCCUCUGGCGAUUUAUUUCGAUGUAAAAUUUAUGAACAAUUUGCUCAUAAAAUCUCACUAUGCACGGAUGGUAAAAUUGGAAACUUUUAAACGUGAGUGUCGAUCAAGCGUUGCAAACACUACAUUGUUACAUUUUAUGUUCAAUGAUCGCAAAAAAGACGAAAUGAAAAAGUGGUACAAGAUAUCGGCCAUGGUGUAUCGAAAGAUUGAAGGGGCCUUGAAAAAAUCCGGUUGGUGUGAAUGCAAUUUUAUUGAUCGUGGUCUCGAUUUUUCUGACAGAAUUGGUAAUUUUCAAGCUGGGAGGCAAAUUUGCAUAGAUGCCGAGAAAGUCAAGAGCCUUCAAUUAUUUGAAACUGAAAUUCUUAAAGGAGAUAAGUGCGUAGCUAUUAUUCAUUGGCGAGGACUUGGCAAGGACAGAAACCAUUUCAAACCGGAAGUGGAUCAGAGCAGCCGGAAGUUGGUAUAUUCGUUACCGUCAAGUGAACUCGUUAUUUCAAGAGCUAGGAAUAUCGUUGAUUCGAUUGGCGAGGAGUUUAUUUCGGUCCAUAUUCGCUCUGAACGUCAAAUACAGUGGUAUGGUUUUGAAAGAUUGUCACUAUGUCUCAAAACCUUAGUGGAAAAGGUUGGAGUGCUCAAGCAAAAGUACAAAAUCACGCAAGUUUUCCUUUCUUCGGAUUUUACUCGUUUUGGCUCGGACACCUUACAUUCGUUAACGGCGCAGAACGUUACACUGACCAACAAAAUAAAACAAAUGCAGAGGUUCUUAUCAAAAAGUUUAAAACCCACUACAUACAAUCCAAAAUCAGAUGAUCCAGUGGUUAUGGAUAGUGGUGUUGUUGCACUGACAGAAAAGAAUGUCCUAAUAGGGGGGUCACACCUAUUGACUAUUGGAUCUGGGACAUUUCAACAGUGGAUUGUUGAUGCUUUCAUAGAGAAGAAGUCGAGUGUUGACAAGCAGAACUACUGGACAGUCACAAGGAUUUGCCACAAAGCCGAAGACAGGAUGAAUAACAACUACAACCCUAGCUGAUUGUUACAAAAUUCUGUAACCAUGGUAACAGCAUAACUAACUUUAAUAUUGCUAAUAAGGUGGCUAGGUCGGUGUAGUUGGAUGAGAAAGGGGUACUUUGAAGCAGCAUUCUAAGUAACAAGACGUAACUGUCAAAUAAUUGCUUAAUCCUAAGAGGACAAAAACAAAGAUUAUUUCGGCAACCUUGGUCAAGUCAAAAUUCAAUAUUUUGCAAGCAUGCAUGGUAGUCACACGAUUAGGGUUGUUGUUUCUAAAUAUCUUUCCUGUUCAAUUACAAGUAUCGAUAUUUUCCUUACUUAUUUUCAUACUUUCACUUAACUUCUUCUGAACAAAGUUUUUUUGGAGGAUUUAGCACUUUCCUUCCAAAAAUCAACCUACUCCCUUAAAAAUACCCUCAUAUUAAUAAUUGUGUUUUCUGCAAAUUAUUUACAUAUUUAAAAGGACCGUUGAUAGCAUAUGACUCUUUUUCAACAUAAGAGAUCCCAGUAUCAUGAUAAGGGUAGUUUUGAGUUCAGAAUAAUAAAUUAUUACUUGUACUUCAAGAGUUAGUUUAAUCCAUCCUAGAGUAGAGAAACCAAAGUUCAUCACAUAUUCAGGGAUGUUAUAAAUUAAUUAUUGGUUUUAAGGGUCUGAACCUGAAUAUUACCACCCUGCAAAUGCUAUCCCUUUUAAUAUUGCUGCAGCCUAUCAUAAAACACACACUCAUUGCUACAAAGUACUAACAUUGUUAGUUAGAUCAUGGAUCAAACAAAAAAUUUAAAAAUUUCUUGUUUUAUUUCAGACUGCAUAAAUUGCAUACAGAUCUGUUUCUCAUGUCAGAUUGCUGAAAAGUAAAUUAUAAGAAGACGAAAAUUCUUAAUGGUAUGAACAGUGGGUUAGAUGUUUUCUUU